UUAAAAGGCUGCCCGUGACACAUUUCUUCUCAGGCUCUGUUUGAAGUCGCUGUUGCUCACACACUCUAUACUUCCCUUGUGAAGUAUAGAGAAUUGGAUUUUCAAACUUAUUUUUCUUCUCAACUCGGAUCAACUAGUCAACAGUGAACGAUGGCUGGCCAGAAAAAGCUCCUAGCUGUGACCUCCUGCCUCCUGCUCCUAGCCUGUCUCCUGCCAAGCUCUGAGGCCCGGCGCGGGGGCGGCUUCGGCUUCGGCCGUGGCGGCAGCUUCGGUCGUAGCGGGGGAUUCGGCCGCGGCGGGGGCCAGGCCUACAGGCCGAUGCCUGCCCAGAGCGGUGGCUCUAGCGUGGGGAAGAUGGCGGGGGCGGCAGCCGCAGGCGCCGUCGGGGGAGCCAUGCUGGGGUCCGCCCUGAGCCGGCCAGGAUAUGGACACGGUUAUGGGGGCAUGGGGAUGGGGGGUGGCUAUGGCGGGGGCUAUGGAGGAUACGGUGGUGGAUAUGGAGGUGGAUAUGGUCAACGUGGCUACGGCGGGGGCUACGGCGCCAGGCCCGUUGGAGACAUGGAGGGAUCUGGAGGCAUGGAGUAUUACACAGGGGCCGCCAGCGGACCCAUGUACAACAGCAUCAUCGUGGUCCUCGGCUUCUUGGUGUCUGUGCUCAUGGGCCACUGGAUGUCCCACGUGUAGAUGUUGAGGGGGAGUGAAUCUCAAACACACACAUAGUUAAUAUCACACAAAGAGCAAACUGUGUAGGGUGGUGUACAUCUAGAAGAAAGUUGGAGGAAUGUUUUUUAAUAUACAUUAAAAAGGAUAUAUAAGGGAAGGCCAUCAUGACAAAUACCUACGGGACUUUUAACUUGAGGAAUAACUGUUUACACUACAUGCCACUACAUACAUCCUUCUUAACUAAUUCCAUUUUUGUACAUCACAAUCAAUUCAUAAUUUAUUAUAACGAUUCUAUCUGAAGACAAUGGGGAAAAGUAAGGAAAAGGAGGUUUAUUAUUUCAAGAGAACAUAAAUUACUUGCAGAAAUUGGGAUAGGCCUACAUUAAAGCUAUUUAAAUGCAGAACAAUUGUACAAUUUAUGUAUUACAAUGUAUGUUUCUGGUUUUGGCCAUAGAAUGUGACUUUUUUUACACCUAUUUUGUAAAAUGUAUUUCACUCAAUAUAUUGCAUAUUGUAACAAUAGGCAAGUUAUUUUUAUAUAAUAAAUGACGUGCUUCAAUAUAGUUAUUUGAAUAUGAAUAACAAUUAAAAGCAAGAAUUUUGUCUAAA